UUAGCCCUCUUUUUAUUCUUUCGCAGGCAUUCGAACUUCGAAUCUCCAAUCAUGCCCUCCUUUUGAGCUUCUUGCCGCCUCGAGUUGCGGCGCUGGUCUGGUUUCAUCUCCUUCUUGUUCUCUGCUCGGAGAGGGCGUGAGCGAAGAACUGCGACUUCUGAGUGCCGCGCUUCUUUUGGUCGGCAAGGUCUCCGUGAUCUUGGAGGGUUGGAGAUCUCUGUUCUGCCGUGAGUUUAGAUCCGUUGGUCAGGGAAGCUUCAUAAAAUUUGAAAUAGGCGAAGCUAAGUGUUGAUCGUAACAUGGAGCAGUAUGAGGUUUUGGAGCAGAUUGGCAAGGGGGCAUUUGGCUCUGCUCUUCUCGUGAAGCACAAGGUGGAAAAGAAGAAGUAUGUCUUGAAGAAGAUCAGACUUGCUCGGCAGACAGAUAGAUGCCGCAGGUCUGCUCACCAAGAGAUGGAACUUAUUUCCAAAGUGCGAAAUCCAUUCAUUGUGGAGUACAAGGAUUCGUGGGUUGAAAAGGGCUGUUAUGUUUGUAUUAUCAUAGGUUAUUGUGAAGGUGGCGACAUGGCUGAAGCUAUCAAAAAGGCAAAUGGACACCUUUUCCCUGAAGAGAAGCUCUGUAAGUGGCUUGUGCAGUUACUUAUGGCUCUUGAUUACUUGCAUGCGAACCAUAUUCUUCACCGUGACGUCAAGUGUUCUAAUAUUUUCCUGGCAAAAGAUCAAAGCAUUCGGCUAGGUGACUUUGGCCUUGCUAAAAUGAUGAGUUCAGAUGAUCUAGCAUCCUCAGUUGUUGGAACUCCCAGCUAUAUGUGUCCAGAGCUUCUCGCAGAUAUACCUUAUGGUUGCAAGUCUGAUAUAUGGUCUUUAGGAUGUUGCAUAUAUGAAAUGACUGCUCUAAAGCCUGCUUUCAAAGCUUUUGAUAUGCAAGGCCUGAUAAACAAAAUAAAUAAGUCGAUUAUAGCUCCUCUUCCGAGCUCAUAUUCUGGUCCAUUUAGAGGGCUUAUUAAAAGCAUGCUAAGGAAAAGCCCAGAACAUAGGCCAAGUGCUGCAGAACUGCUCAAACAUCCUCAUCUUCAGGCUUAUGUGCUCCAAGUACAUUUGAAAACCAGUCCAAAUCGCAACUCUCUUCCCAUGCGCCACACGACAAGCAAUCUCAUAAAGAAAAUUAGAUUUUCUGAUGAUGAAGAUGAUUUUGUUUCCAAGGAAAAAGAUAAAAGACAAUCCUAUGGAAAUGAAAGGAUUGUGAUACCAAACCAAACCACGGCUGAGCAGGAUUCCAUAAACUCAACAAAAAGCAUUAAAGAUCAUGCAGACUAUUUGAAACCAAAGAUUAAGGACUACUCAGUUGGCAGCAGUCACAUGGGCCAGUUGCGUCGUGGUAGAACAAACAACAAUAAGCCAAGUAUUUCUAAGACGCCUAAGUAUACUCCUGGCAAAGUUUUUAUUACUCCUAGAAAGCAAGAGGAACCGGCAAAAAUCAUACACAGUGUAUCAAACCGAGAAAUGGCUUACAUGAGGACGCCGGCAGAUAGAACAAGCAGAUUCAGUAGGAGGGCAUCUCUGCCAUUGCCUUCAUUUGAAACACCUCACAUACGCACUGCUAAUAUACUUCAAAGAGUGCAAUCUCCAGAUGUUUCGGUCAACGCACCUCGGAUAGACAGGAUUGCCGAAUUCCCACUCGCUUCAUCCGAAGAUCCUCUGCUCUCUCUCCACAAGAUUUCAAAUGUCCAUGGCUCUUCCACCCCACUCUGUGGAGACCGCUCGAUCACCAAGGAUAAAUGCACCGUCCAAAUCUUUCGAACUGAUGGAGAUCUUUUGAACGAAUCAUGGGAAAGAAAUCCCGCUGCUGUGGAUGCGUCAAGCCGGGGAUCAUCGGAGUCCCGUCAACGGCGGUUCGACACAUCCUCUUACCAACAAAGGGCGGAGGCUUUAGAGGGUUUGCUGGAGUUCAGUGCGCAGCUGCUGCAGCAGGAGAGGAUUGAAGAGCUGGGCAUACUCUUGAAGCCUUUUGGCCCUGGAAAGGCUUCGCCGAGGGAGACAGCUAUAUGGUUAACCAAGAGCUUCAAGGAGACAGCACAAUGAAACUACUCUGUAGGGCUUUAAAAGAAUAUUUUUCCCUCAAGUUUUUGUUGUGAGGCUGAUGAAUAGGUUUUGUAAUUGUAGCCCUUGUAGGUUGGAACUUGGAACCAGCUGCUAUGGUUUAGUUUAGCAUAUUCUAGUGCGCGCUGUGAUGUUCUUCCUUUAUUGUACAAAAGUCUUGCUCCAUUUUAGAUCGGUUAAGCGUAGUUCACAGCUUCUAAACUACUCUUUGAUGGCCUGCAUCUUCUUAUUUGCACUAAACUGGAAGAGCUUGAACUUGCAUGACUUCCAGUUAUUAAUGGUAGUAAAUUCUAACAAUCCGUGCGUUUAUUAUUUUCCUUUGAUAUAGUAAUGUGUUUUAAUGAGGAAACUAAUGAUUUUUAUAAUAUU